UUCCCCAUGGGAUUACGCCACCGCGAAAACCCGAAACAUCCCCUUUUAUCCGCGUGACCCCACACACUGAAUUGGUGGUUUGUAGGGUUAAUUACCGAAGAGAAUCACACAACUUAAUUCGAUUUAACUUUGUUAGUUCUAGAUGGCAAUGCCUGGUAGACGUACCAAUUACACCUUGUUGACUCAGAUUCCCGACGACGAUCACCUCCAGCCACCGCAACCUCCUCCUCCGUCGAUCUUCUCCGGUGGCACCGGAAGCGGCGGCGCAUACGACUCAUCUCACCACUCUCACUCCGGAGAAAAAAAGAGGAACGAAAGAGCUGGAUUUGAUUGGGAUUUGAUGAACAUGACAACUGAUCAGAGGAUGCAGCAACCUCGCCAAACGGCCUUUCCGGCCUCGAUCGGUGGAUUGCAGAGACAAUCGAGCGGGAGUAGUUACGGAGAGAGUUCUAUUUCGGGUGAUUACUUUCUUCCGUCUUUGUCGGCGGCGGUGAACAGUGGAGGUGGUGAUCCCGAUGCUUAUGCUCACUUGCCGGAUGGAGGUGGUGGUGAGGUGUUGAGGUUGAAAUCCUCGGAGACUGCUGGUGGUGGUGGUGGGGGAGGGUCUUAUUCAUCGAAAAGUUGGGCACAGCAAACGGAGGAGAGUUAUCAAUUGCAGUUGGCUUUGGCGCUACGGCUUUCGUCUGAAGCUAUGUGUGCUGAUGAUCCUAAUUUACUGGAUCCUGUGACGGAAGAAACCGCAGGGUCGAGGUCAUCCGGUUCUACGACAUCUGCAGAAGGUUUAUCACAUCGAUUCUGGGCAAACGGGUGUUUGUCAUACUUUGACAAAGUCCCUGAUGGGUUUUACUUGAUAUAUGGAAUGGAUCCAUACGUAUGGAUGAUGUGCUGUGAUCUACAAGAGAGUGGAAGAAUUCCAUCACUUGAGUUGUUGAAGGCCAUUGAUAUUGCAAAUGAAUCUUCCAUUGAAGUGAUCUUGAUUGAUAGGCGUAAUGAUCCCAGCCUCAGGGAACUACAAAAUCGGAUUCAUAGCAUUUCAUGUAAUAGCAUUACUACAUUAGAAGUUGUUGAUCAACUUGCAAAGCUUGUAUGCAAUCGAAUGGGGGGCACAACUUUAAGUGGUGAAGAUGAGUUAGUUUCAAUGUGGAAGGAAUGCAGUGAGGAUCUGAAAGAUUGUUUAGGAUCUGUUGUGCUUCCAAUGGGUAGCCUCUCUGUUGGCCUUUGCAGACAUCGGGCCUUACUAUUUAAAAUUUUAGCAGAUACAAUUGAUUUACCAUGUCGAAUCGCCAAGGGCUGCAAAUAUUGUAAAAGAGAUGAUGCUUCUUCUUGCCUUGUUCGUUUUGGUGUUGACAGGGAACUUCUUGUUGAUUUAGUAGGGAAUCCAGGAUGCCUGUGUGAGCCAGAUUCUUUAUUAAAUGGUCCUUCAACAAUCUCAAUUUCUUCCCCAUUGAGGUUCCCACGUUUUAGACAAGUUGAACCCAUGGUUGAUUUCAGAUCACUUGCUAAACAGUAUUUUGCUGAUUGUGAAUCUUUGAAUCUUGUAUUUGAAGAUCCAUCUAUUGGAAUGAUUUCAGGUGAUGGAGAUAUUGUUGAUGCAAUCUACCCAAAACAAUCUGAAAAAAGUCAUGUUGAUAUAAUUCGUAAUAGUCCAAGCAACAGCAAUGAUGGGUCCCGUUUACCUCCUUCAAAAGCUGCCCUCCGCCCGAAAGGUCAUGACAGAAGCUCACAUCUGCCCAAAGUAUAUGCCCAGAACAUCAUGGGCACCUCCCAAUCAUAUGUCGUGUCUUCUGAUACACGAAUGGAAGUGCCUAGUAAUCAGAUUCAGAGAUUUGAAAAUAGUGGUCAAAGUCAACCCCAUAAAGACAGAGGCAAUUUCACCAUGGAUGUUGAAGAUUUGGACAUUCCUUGGAGUGAUCUUGUUUUGAAAGAAAGAAUUGGAGCAGGUUCUUUUGGUAUUGUUCAUCGUGCUGAUUGGAAUGGCUCUGAUGUUGCUGUGAAAAUUCUUUUAGAACAAGAUUUUCAUCCAGAGAGGUUGAACGAAUUCUUGCAGGAGGUUGCAAUAAUGAGACGAUUAAGGCAUCCAAAUAUUGUUCUUUUUAUGGGAGCAGUCACUCAGCCUCCAAACCUGUCAAUAGUGACAGAAUAUUUGUCCAGGGGUAGUUUGUAUAGGCUGUUGCAUAAACCUGGAGCAAAAGAGGCAUUGGAUGAGAGGAGAAGGCUGAGCAUGGCAUAUGAUGUGGCAAAAGGAAUGAAUUAUCUCCACAGACGCAAUCCUCCUAUUGUUCACAGAGAUUUGAAAUCUCCAAAUCUUUUAGUAGACAGGAAAUACACAGUAAAGGUGUGUGAUUUUGGGCUUUCGAGGUUAAAAGCAAACACGUUUCUUUCAUCCAAGACUGCAGCAGGAACACCUGAAUGGAUGGCACCUGAAGUUCUUCGUGAUGAACCUUCAAAUGAGAAAUCAGAUGUUUACAGUUUUGGUGUGAUUUUAUGGGAGCUUGCUACUUUGCAACAACCCUGGGGUAACCUAAAUCCUGCACAGGUUGUGGCAGCUGUUGGGUUUAAAUGCAAGAGGCUUGAGAUUCCUCGUGAUGUGAACCCUCAAGUAGCAGCAUUGAUUGAAGCCUGUUGGGCAAAUGAGCCAUGGAAACGACCUUCGUUUUCAGCCAUCAUGGAUACAUUGAGACCAUUGACAAAACCUCCUACUCCACAAACAAGUCAAACAGACGUUUCACUACUAGCAUAAACUUUUCACAAUAUAUGGCUGAUUGGUGUACAUAUGUUUUUUUGGAAAAUUAAAUUUUAAUUUUCGUUUAAUUGGAAUCCAAGAAAGACAUAAAUGGGUUUUUCUACAGGAGAAGAAAUUUGUUGGUCUGUUUGUUUGUUUAAUGAUAUGUAGAAGGCGUCUUGUCUUGUCUUUGCUUGUCUGGUCAUAAUUUUGUAUUGUUUGUUGUAAUGAAAUAAUAUAAUCACAGCUUAUAGGAA